GACACCGACUCGCCGGUGGCUGCAGCAGUCAGUCAGUCAGUCAGUCAGUCCUGUGGUUGUAGUUUGGUAUACUGUAUAUUGCGUGUACAUGAACAGUCCUUCACUCAGAAGCGAGCGCGCGUGGAUUAUAGUGGAGAAGACACGGAGGGAUAGCUCGCAUCGCGUGCGUUUAAACUAAACCAAACACGCGCUCGCUGCACCGAGAGACUCCCAGCAAACUCAGUGUUGUGGUGAGCGCUCGUGGGGGUCGGAUCGGCGGGAAUGGCUUCGUCUCCGUGCGGCGGUGGGAACUUGGAUUGCGGGCUGGAGAUCCAAACUCGCUCGGUGGAGCAAACACUCAUCCCGCUCGUGUCUCAGAUUACCACACUGAUCAAUCACAAAGACAAGCUCAAGAAGACAGAGAAGACCUUACGGGCCAUCCAGAGAGUAGGGCAGGCAGUCAGUGUUGCAGUUGGCCGCUUCGUGGCGGUGGGUGAAGCCAUUGCAGCAGAGAAUGAAGACUUGAAGGAUGAGAUGGGACUGGCUUGCUUUGAGGCCCGGAGAGCAGGCACUGCCAUAGCUCAGCUGACGGAUGUUUCCAGUCUGGAGCAGUGUGAGGGUGAUGGGCGCAGCACAGUGUUUAGCGACAGGACUGGCAUGGUGAAAGCUGCUCGCAUGCUGCUCUCCUCUGUUACCAAAGUCCUGGUGCUUGCAGACUGCAUCGUUAUCAAACAGAUCAUAAGCUCUCGCAACAAAGUGCUGGUUACCCUGGAGCAACUGGAGAGAGUCAGCACUUUUCAGGAAUUUGUCCAAAUCUUCAGCCAGUUUGGGAACGAGAUGGUAGAGUUUGCCCAUCUCACAGGAGACAGACAGAAUGAUCUGAAGGAUGAAAAGAAAAGAGCUCGGAUGGCCGCCGCACGUGCUGUGCUGGAGAAAUGCACCAUGAUGCUCCUCACAGCCUCUAAGACUUGUCUGAGACAUCCUGACUGCGAGUCGGCACGGAUCAACAAAGAAGCAGUCUUCCAGCGUAUGCGUCUGGCCCUGGAGCAAGUCAUUGAGAUUGUGACUGACACGAGGAGCGGUGGGGAGGCCAAAGCACUUCCUGUCAGCAUCUACGCUGGGAUUAAAGACUUUAAGGUUAAAGUGGAGGGUCUGAGAGACUCUCUGUACUGUGUGUCCUGUGAGGCUGUGGCGGCUCAGCUGGAAGCUCUGAUGGAGAAAACCGAAGACUUUACAGACUCUGCCUACACCAGCCACGAGCAGAGAGAGAUAAUCAUACAGCUCUGCCAGAUCACACGUCAGGAGACCAAACAGCUCAUCAACACAUGGAGACACGCGCAGCAAUCGCUUAAAGCCAAAGAGGCCACAGACGAGAUGGAGCUCUCUAUUUUGAAGACUGGUCAGAGUGUCAGUGAUCUCAGGCGAGAGCUUCAUAGGGUAGCGGUGGGGAGGGCUACUGAGCUGCUGAAGCUGCAUUCAGAUCAUCUGGUGCUGCAGGCCCUGAAGGCCUCCGGUGGGGAUGGAAACCUGGAGGCCGUGGCUGAUUAUGCCGGCACACUGACUGAACACAAAGAGCAACUGGUGGAGACUUGUCGUUUGCUCUGCCACAUUUCGGGGACCGAGCCUCUAGAGAUCACCUGCAUUCAUGCUGAGGAAACUUUCCGUGUCAUUGGUCCACAGAUCAUCUCAGCAGCACAGACCCUUGCUCUGCACCCCACCAGCAAGAUUGCCAAAGAAAACCUGGAUGUGUUUUGCGAGGCCUGGGAGUCCCAGCUGUGUGACAUGGCCAUCCUAGUGAAGGAGAUCAACGAUGUGUUUGAGGGCCGCAGAGGUGAUAAGAAAACAUAUCUCUCUCUACCGAGACCAGGGAAGCAUUCUGCCAACCUGAAGACAGUCAAGGCUGCCAAACUUGACGCUGAGGAGCAAACCACCAUCGCUAAGCUGGGGCUGGAACUGUGUCUCCUCACCUCGGAUGUGGACUCAGAGGUGGAGCGCUGGGACGAGCAGGACCACGAGAUGGUUCGACUGUGUCAGAUCAUAUCCAGCAUGGCAUAUUCCAUGUACCUCUUCACCAGGGGGGAAGGCCUACUGAAGACAACUUUGGAUCUAUUCCACCAAGCUGAGGUGUUGUCAGACCAAGGUCUCCAGCUGUGCCACAUCCUCCACUCUCUCUCCACACAGCUGCUGGAUGAAGACAGAAUCCUUAUUCUAUCUGAGACGGAGAAGCUGUCAGACGUAUGUCAACAGCUGCAGGUCUGUGCCAAGACUCCGGUUCAGGGCAAGAGUGCCAUCUUUCAGAAGGUUGACUCAUCCAUACAGAAUACAAAAGGCAUCUUGACAGUGGUGGUCUAUUUACUGCCCAUCUGUAAUAAGCUCAUCAGAAAGUGUAAAUCAGAACGCAGCUGUGUGGCUUCACCUCAGCACUGGAGGGAGAAGCAGCUGAACACGACCGUCAGCGAGGAAACUCUGAAUGGCAAAGGCUCCAACGGCUUUGGGGUCAAAUCCCUUGAGCAGCACAUGGCCAAUCUAACAUUCCUAGAGAGCAAAUAGCGCUUCUGCCUGCUCUCACACACGCAGUGCAAUGCACUCGCUCACAACGUGCCAUUCUUUGUGCUUCUGCCCAUUUGCUUUGUGGUGUACAAUAGCGUUAGCAUUACCAGCCGCAUUCCAGACAGCAAAAAAUAUUGAAGAAAAAACCCUUGAUUGAUUGCAUGUGUUUGAUCUUUAUGUGACUCUUUCAAGUGUAAUGGCUGGUAAAUAAGCUACGGUUUUAACCGAAACAAUAUUCAGCUGCGUUUCUCGUGAUUAGCCAACAUUGAGGUGUACAUGAUAAAAGUUUUGAUGCAAAAAAAAAACAACUGUAACACUGUAUUUAACAAAACUGCCUCAUGUACAAUGCCAAAUAUAUCCAGUUUUAAUCAUCUUUCUACACUGGUGGCAGUCUGCUCAAUGCUGAAGGAAAUUCAGUGACUUUGGAUAUUAGUAUGAGAAAUCAGCAUCUUGAUUCUGUUUGAGAGUUUACAGCAGGGAAUGUUACUUUCCAAAGAGGCAUUUCUGAUGGAUGAUAAUGAAAAAGACAGUUGCUUUUAAAGGGAUAGCUCACCCAAAAAUAAAAAAUUCUGUUAUCGUUUGCUUACCCUCAUGUCAUUCCAAGCCAGUAUGACUUCUGUGAAACACAAAAAUAAGUGAUUUUGAAGUCUCAAAAAACUCCUUUGUUGUUGUAGACACAGACUUUCAUUGUAUCGACAACAUAGUUGAAACAUUUCAAAACAGCAUCUUUUAUGUUCCAUAGAAGAUCAUACAGUUUUGGAAUGACAUGAGGGCAAGUAAUUAAUGACAGGAUUUUCAUUUUCGGGCAAACUGUCUCUUUAAAUGUACUUUCGUAGGAGUGACAGCCUUGUAAUAUUAUUGACUGCCUUGUAGGUCACUGUGAUUUGUAUUUUUACUUCAGUCCUAACAAUGUAAGUCAAGCUUUGGUACAUUAACCUAAAAGGUUAGAGUAAAACGGUAUAUAAAUCAAUAGUUUAAGCUGUCGUGUACUGAAGAGCAACUUUUUAGUAUGGCACAGAUUAAAAGGCUCUUCAGUAUUGGGUUUCCAUUCACACACCAAUUCUAGUUGAUACUUUGCUAAAAUGUUCCUCUGAUUUAUACUACAGUCAGUCAAACCAUAAGCUUUAGAGAUGAUUGUGCAGCUAUGACCUAAAGUUGUAUUAGUGUUGGACCAUUGAAUGAUUGUGAAAUCAGA